ACGCUUCUAGUAUCUGUACCGAAUUUUGGUCCCAGUUUCGCCCCCUUCCUCUUGCCCUCUCUCCUCGCCCUAAUUCUCGGGCGAUCCAACGGCAAAAGUCGUCUUUCCCUUCGACGUCGGCAGGCCUCCUCCUCCCAUGUCGGAUCGCGCGGUGGACAACGUCGGCGCCCUCUUGCGCCGCCUCUCGCGCCUCCCCCAUCGCAAAAUCACUGACGCCUUCGCGCUCGUCGUCCACCAUAAGAGCGCUGGUUCUUUUGGAGCCAUUGCGGGCUUAGCCAUCGCCUGCAUUUUUGCCUGGAAGCUCCUGAGUCCGUCGUCUGGCCGACGGGCCGGAGAUCGUCGCAAGGAUAGGGCUUCUUCGUCGACGAGUCUAGCUGAGACUGGAAAUGAGUCUCCGGCCUCGGAAGGAAACUUACCCAUUGGCCCGUUGACGGACGCAAAUGCGGUAGAAGACGUCGCGUCUGCUGUUGAGUUAACUCUGGGACAAAUUGUGAGGAAGAGACUUGGUGGCUGCAGAAGGAUUACUUGCCAGCUUCUAGGAAUAAUUCUUGAGGAGAAAACCCCAGAAGAGCUACAGAAACAUGCUACUGUUAAGCUCCCUGUGCUUCCAGUGAUAAAGGAAAUUUGUAAACAUUGUGACCUGUAUUUGAUGGAAACUGUCGUUGACAACGAGAGUGAGCAAAGAGUUCUUUCUGCUCUUGAUAAUUCUGGAAUUUUCCUAUACAGUGGCUUGAUCAAGGACAAGGUACUAUUCUGUAGCACUGAAACUGGACGAACCUCGUUUGUUCGCCAACUGGAGUCAGAUUGGCAUGUUGAUUCAAAUCUCGAUAUUAUCUCUCAGCUUUCGCGAUUCAUCAGAUUCCAACUAUAUAUUUCCCAAAUGGAAUCAGGACAAAUAGCACCGAAUAUGUUCACUUCUACUAGUUUGGAACAGUUUUUCUCCUGACUUGUCUGCAUUCGACGUCUUCCUUUGUUUCUAUGGCUUUUAUUAAGUCGAUUAAUUUUACUAUGCAUUCUCCGGUGGCCAGAGAAGAUUUAUGUAGUCAAUUCCAAAUGGCGGGACUCCCUUGGUUUUAACAUGUAUUUCAGUUGGGUAUUCCACAGAUGUACAUGAUCAACUCUUCUAUGCUGAAGAUUUCUUAUUAUUUCCAUGUAACCUUAGAAGUGAGGUGAUUUUUGACUUAAUUAACUUGCUACAAUACUGCCAACA